UAUUCCAGCAACAAUCCAGAACCUCUACCAAGUUCUUUUUAAGAUCCCUAAGAACUUUGCAAGAACUGUUAAGACAUUCUUCCUAGACUGUCCCCCUCCCCAGGCUCCAUCUCCGAUUGAAUUAGAAAAGGAAGUGCUCCUGGUAUCAUUUCUCAAAAGCUCUUCUGUCCUGAAUUGUGCCCAAAGGAAGAGGAAGCCAGCCAUAAAAUUCAAGGCCUCUGGGUUCCCCCACAGCCACUGCCACCACCACUGCUUGCAUCUCUCACCGCUGGAUUUGUUUCCCGCCGCCAAGCUGGAGUCCCUUAAGCGCUGGAAUGAGGAAAGGAUGGUCUGGUGUGAAAAAGGUGUCCAGAUCCUACUCACCACCGUGGGGGCCUUUGCCGCAUUUGGCCUCAUGAUCAUUGCCAUUGGCACAGAUUACUGGCUGUAUGCCCGUGCCUUCAUCUGCAAUACUACCAAUAUUUCUACUGAGGAAACGCCCCAGAAGGACAAGAAGGAUCCUGGAGGGCUGACCCAUUCAGGCCUCUGGAGGAUAUGUUGCUUAGAAGGGCUGAAGCGAGGGGUGUGCGUGAAAAUCAACCAUUUUCCAGAGGACACAGACUAUGAUCACGACAGCGCGGAAUACCUCCUACGUGUGGUGCGAGCCUCAAGCAUCUUCCCCAUUCUAAGCGCUAUCCUACUACUGCUGGGAGGAUUCUGCGUGGCUGCUAGUCGUGUCUACAAGUCCAAGCGAAACAUCAUCCUAGGUGCUGGCAUCCUAUUUGUUGCUGCAGGUCUCAGCAACAUCAUCGGUGUCAUUGUCUACAUCUCAGCCAACACGGGAGAUCCUGGCACAAAACGUGACGAUGAGAAGAAAAGUCACUACUCCUACGGCUGGUCCUUCUACUUUGGUGGCCUUUCCUUCAUUCUUGCCGAAAUGAUUGGGGUCUUAGCUGUCAACAUAUAUAUCGAGAAGAACCGUGAAGCCCACUGCAAGAGCCGCACAGAGCUGCUGAAAAACCCUUCUUCCUCAUCUUCUGCCAUCUUGCGCCUGCCCAGCUACCGGUUCCGAUACCGCCGCCGAUCACGCUCUAGCUCCCGUUCCACUGAACCAUCACAGUCUCGAGAAACCUCACCAGUUGGUCUUAAGGGCUUCCCGUCCACUGACAUCUCCAUGUACACACUCUCAAGGGACCCUUCCAAAGCCAACGUCAGUUCACUCUACGGUGGCGCCAGUGAAACAGCAUCGACAGGCGCAGCAACAUCGGGUGCAACGGGUACUGGCAGUGGGUUUUUGCAGUUGCACAACACCUUCCCCAAGGACCCUGGCGUCACUGUCACAGUGACUGGGCCUGGUGUAGCAGGGGCAACUGGCACCCUGGGGAAAGAUGCUUCCUCCAACACCAACACUCUCAACAGGAAAACAACACCAGUGUAGGGACGGGGUUAAGAGAGGAGAGGGCAUAAGGAAUGAAAGGUGAAAAAAGAAGGUGCAGCUCAAAUUAUGGCAGGAGAGUCCUAAUAUUGUGAAGCGAGCGAACAGUUCACCCAUGCAUGCAUUCUUUCUCUCUCUCUUUCUCUCUUCUUUUGGUCUUUCUCCUUCCUUCCUCCCUCCCUCCCUCCCUCCCUUCCUUCCUCCCUCCCUCUCUCCCUCCCUCCCUCUUUCCUGCAUUCCUUCCAUUCAUUUAUGAACUCGCAUCACUUUUUUUACCCACCACCAGUGGGUCCUGAAGUUACAUCUCACACCUUGUGAGAGAGAAUUGGAGGAGAACUAUGUUCACCAAGGGGCUUUCAUGAUUGAAGUGGCAGGGAUCAAUUCUUCAUACUACCCGGUUUCAGAGAAACAAAUCUUCCCUGUCCUUUCAAGCAGGCACCUCCAGGAUAACCAGAAAGGAUACUGGGCUAUCGGAAGGAGGGAUGCUGUUUGUAUCUCCAUGUUGCUUGGGGGAGGAGGGUAGUUUUGCCUACUUGGCUAAUGGAUAGCCAGAAUUCCUGGAUCCUGUGAGACUGAAAUUAGGAUUUGCUGGCUGAAAGAGAAGCAUAUUGAUGAAAAGCCCAGGUUCCUCAGUUCAUAAGCCUCCUCCUAGAUGGCUUCCACAGGAUACUAUGCCAAAUUUGGGGCUGCAAUGUGGAUCAAGAGGGUGUUUUAUUCCUUGGCGGGUAUAAGGAAACCCUCUCUUCUCUUCCACUGCAGCUUAAUUAAGGGCUGACAAAAGUUUGUGCCAAAACCAGUGCCAGAAAAAUUAUAGGGGGGAGGGGGGGGGAAAUCUAAAAUGACCGACUGCCCCCUGGUGGUGGUCAGAGGUAUUUCUAAUCCACUACGCUUUCCCGCAUUUUCUGCUAAGUACAUCCUUUGACUGACUGACCUCUUUUUGGUUUUUGGCCCAUCUCCAACACUGAGCCAUAGCUCUUCCUGAGAUGAAGCUGCCUCUGGGGAGGAGGAGUCCUUGCUGCUCAUACAUGCCCAUUUUGAAACAAUAUUAAAACAUUAUUGACUUAAUUUGACAGAUGGAUUACAUCCUUACCUUCCCCUGAAUCAGCUUCUUAGGGAGACUUUUUACAUGUAUUAUAAAUAUAUAAAUAUAUAAAUAUACACACACACACACACACACGCUCACACUCGUAUACAGAUUAUUGAGGAGACUAACAAAAUGAUUGUGAUGUUUUCUUAGGAUUUGGUUAAUUUAGCUUCUGUUGGCAAUCAAAUCUUGUGGCCAAUUACUGUUGUCCCAGUGGAACUCAUUCCUGGUUGGGAGCAAUUAUUUUUAUGAAACAGGAUAUUUCUGGUCCUGAUAAACUCUCCCCCUCUCCGUUCUGCUUUUCUUACCUUGCGCACGCAUAAAUGGAUCUGCAGGUCCUCACUGCCAAUCCGUGUGGAUUUCUUUUGUUAUCCAAAUGCAGCAGGAUCUCAUGUGGUCCCAUGCAGAAUGUAUGCCCUAUCCCCACCCAUUAGAAACAUAAUCUCUCCUGCACUGGUUUCUUUACUGCUGUACAUGGUCAUAUCAAUCAAUCGGUUGACUUAUUUCUAUACUGCCUUUACACAAAGUUUGCACUCAAGGUGGUUUACAACAAACAAAAUAACAGCAGCCCCUCAUUCAGAGCAGGGAUAGAAGUUGCAUUAGUACAGGAUGAAUAAAAUCUGUCCUAUGGGCACUGGCAGUGGUGUGCCAGAUCAUUCCUAUGUUUUUAUUUUCAUAGCCAUCCCACAACAUGGACUCAGGAAGACUUACAAUAACUAGACAUUAACAAGAUGGAUCAUGGUUCCUGAAAGGCUCACAAUAUAAACUGGGGGGUGGGGGAGGUAAUUCAAAAUUUAAUAUAAAAAUUAAAAGACUGAGCCACUAACAUGCCAAUUCUCCUUCUUUCAUGAAUGAAAUGAAAAAGAAUGUUUCACGUCCUGCAAAAAUAAACACAAGCUCAAAAGAUGCGUAUAACCAAACUAACUUGGACUACAAUGUUAAGCACACUUACUAGGAAAUAAGCUCCAUUGGAUGCUUUGGGACAUAAUUCCAAAUAAACAUGCCUAGUGUCACAUUGUUAAACUGACUGACAUAAAUUGGAUCACAUAAUUUUGUUUUGGAAUUCUCUGAUUGCAGAAUUUGAGGCUGAUUUGUGCAAAAUUCCAGACCUCCUGAGUACAGUAUGAUUUUAUUUAGCCAUGUGGUCAUGGAGAAUAUCUAAAGCUUUUAAGACAAUUCAGUGUUUGGAUAAUAGAAAUAGUGCAUACCAAGAGAUGUAUUGGAGACACAUUCUCCGCUGUCGGUAACUACUCUUAUGGAAAAGCCAUGUCUGAAAAACAGUUAGAAACUGUGAUUGUCUCUUUACUGUUUCCUCUAGCUUUUUAAGAAGUAGUAUUUUUUUUCUCAUUUGUUUCAAUGAAAGUGUAUAAUUGGGGGAGUAGAAUUAUGUAGGGAGAAAUAGGUUUUUUUCCUUAGCUUUUGUGCCAAUGAAAGGAUCAAACUAAAAUAAAAAAUUAAAACAUCUUUGGAAAGAAAAAAAUGGACAUUUUAAAAUGUGCAGAAAGAGAGAAUGAGAGAAUACAAUUAAAUGGAAAAGUAUCAUCUGUUCCAAGUAUUCUGUAUAAAGUGGGUUUAGUGUUUUUUAAAAAGACAAUUAAAAAUACAAGAAAAAAUAUAUUGGCGAAAUCCAGUGAUUGUGCUACAUACUGGUGAAUAAAGAAGAGAAAUUCAUAGGAAAAAAACACAGAACAAACAAGCAAACCGAAAUAAGAGUCUGUCAUAAUAGCAACAAAAUGCAUGGAUUUUUACUGCAAUCUACCUUUCAAAUAAAGUCUUAUGAAAAUA